AUGACCAGGCCUCGCAGCCCAGCCAGCACCGGCAAGACCUGUACCCUCACCCCGCUAGGCAGCGGCCAGGACGACGUCCCCCAGAUCCUCACGGCCUUUGAGGACUGCAACAACGGCGGCACCGUCGUCUUCCCAGAGAACGCAACCUUCUACAUCGCGACCCGCCUGAACCCGGUCCUCUCCGACGUCACGAUCGACUGGAAGGGGGAGUGGCUGUUCUCGGACGACCUGGACUACUGGCGCAACAACUCGUAUCCGAUCGCAUUUCAGAACCAUCAUGCCGGGUUUGUCAUCUCGGGCGAGAGGAUACACCUGAAUGGCUACGGCACGGGCAAGAUCAAUGGUUCGGGAAAUACGUGGUAUACCGCUGAGGCGGGCGACACCCAGCCCGGUCGGCCUAUGCCGUUUGUCUGGUGGAACGUCUCGGAUGUCCUGGUUGAGCACUUCACCGUGACGCAGAGCCCGUUGUGGUCUAUCAAUAUCAUGAACGGCACAGAAAUGUGGUUUGAUGAUAUCUACGUCAACAAUACUGCCCUGGACGCACCCUAUGGCACCAAUUGGGUGCAGAAUACAGAUGGCUUCGACACCAUGGACGCAUACAACAUUAGGCUUACCAAUUUUGUGUAUCAGGGAGGAGACGACGCAAUAGCCAUUAAGCCUCGCUCGUAUAACGUCUAUAUUCAGAAUAUCACCGUUCAUGGCGGCAACGGCGUCGCCAUCGGCAGUCUGGGUCAGUAUCUGGAGGAUUCAUCAGUAGAGAACGUCAUAGUGAAGGACGCGCAGAUCCUCACCUACAAUGACGAUCUAGAGACGGGCGCGUACAUCAAGACCUGGGUUGGCGAGCUGGUGCCGCAGAGUAGCUAUGAGAGUGAUUAUCUGCCGCGAGGCGGGGGAUGGGGCGUCGUCACGAACAUUCUGUUCGAGAACUUUUACCUCCAGGGCCCUUCCGUCGGAAUGGACAUCACCCAAGAUUCUGGCGAUAAUGGUUCAUAUCCCGGCACCUCCAACAUGUUGGUCUCCAACGUGGCUUUUGUGAACUUCACAGGCUACGUCAACUCGGCCACCCGCACCGCCGCCGUGUCAUGUUCUGCGAGAAACCCCUGCUACAACAUUGCCAUGAGGAACAUUAGCCUUGACCUGCUACAGAACGGCACCGUUGCCGAAGGGGCGGUAGGAACUUGUUCUUAUACAGCCGAGGAUGGCGUGUAUGGUAUGACGGGGACUGGGUGCUGA